AUGGCAGAUACCACAAUAAUCGACGUUGAUGUUCCUCCUGAAGAUCCAAAAAAUAAUCGUGCCAAAAACCGAAAGCAGAAGAAGGUUUCGCCGUUGCUUCAAAAUCUGAAGAGCGCGGAAGAGAAACAAGCGCACAUCGAAGGCCUCGAGAAGGAGCUAGUGGAAUUGUUCGGAUACUACAAGGAAAUGAUGGAUCAGAAAGUGAGCAUUGAGCUUAGCCAGUGCGGUGGCUCGAGGAACGCGGUGGUUGCGGCGCUGAUGGAGGAAAGCGACCUUCCGUUGUCGAGGCUCGUCGACGAGAUUCACGAUGAUUUGAACAAAGAGGUAGCGAAUGGGACGGUCGUGUUGGCGGAGCCUGUGACGCAUGCGUUGGUGAAGAGUAGCGUGCUGAUUGUAGGGCAGAGGAUGAUGUACGGCGUGCCCAAUGCUGAUGCUGAUAUGUUGGAGGACCAUUCUGAAUCCUGUCUUUGGUGUUGGGAGACAAGGGAUGUGAAAUUGAUCCCGAAAUCUGUUCGAGGACUGUUGGUUGUUCGACGCACUUGCCGGAGAAGGAUCAAUGAGAGGAUUAUGGCUGUCUCUGAAAUGAUAGAAUCACUGAAGAAGCUAGAGAGUGAACUGAACUACGAUCGUAGCUUAAUAAAGGCAUCAGCAAAGCUCAGUAAAGCUUUUACCGAGGCAGAUAUCCGCUUGUUAGUGGAUGGCUUGUUACAGAAAAACAGUGAAAACAUGGAUAAGAAAAAAUCGAACCACGAAGAAAGAUUGCUAAUUAAACAAUUGGAGAAAAAUAGAAGAGAAGCCGAGAAAGAGAAAGAAGGCAAGCACAAUGAAUUGCGAGAAGAAACACUGCUCAAUGAAUCAGAUUUGAAAUUGUUGCAAGGUGAGGCAAGAAAUGAUGAGAAAUAUUGUGAAAAGAGAAAACAACAAAAGAAGCAGGUAGAGGAAGUAGAAAAGAAUCAGCGGCGCCGCGAGAAAGAAGAAGCUGAAUUAAAAAAGAAACGUGGUUUACAAAAGCAAGCCUCGAUCAUGGAGCGUUUUCUUAAAAGAAGUAAAAUCAAUCCCUCGUGUCAGAAUGACAACAUUUCAACUAAAUCAACUGCAUCUGAUUCAUCAAGCUGCAAGAGUGAAGUUGUGUCUGAGUCAGUUACUCAUUCAAUGGAUUAUACUCUUGCAUCAAGUAGUGAUGUUACACUUGAGGAUAUUCGCAAGUUACACUUUUCUUCGUGGCGCUAUUUAGGACAAUCUAUUCGCUCAAACAAAAACCAGAGAUGGGGCUUACGUCAGAAUCCUAGGACCCAGCUUGUUAAGGAACUUAAGCUGACAGCUACUAAAGCAGCAGUUCAUGAUGAUGAGCCGAGCAUGGAGAAGCUUGUACACAGAUUCGGAGAAUGUAGUUCUGAUAUUGGUUCAUGCCCACUGAAUGCUGAUAGUUCUCUUGAUGCCAAGAAGUACACCCGGGGCAGACAAUUAUUGCAAUUUGAUAAAUCUCAUAGACCUGCCUUUUAUGGCGUCUGGUCCACAAAAAGUCAUGUUGUUGGACCACGCCAUCCUUUAAGGAGGGACCCAAGCCUGGAUUAUGAUGUUAGCAGUGAUGACGAAUGGGAAGAGGAGGAACCUGGUGAAAGUCUUUCAGAUUGUGAUAAAGAUGAAGAGGAAUGUCAAGAGGAAUGUUCAAAAUCUGACGGAGAAAGUGAAGAUGGGUUUUUUGUACCUGAUGGAUAUCUCUCAGAAGAUGAGGGUGCUCAAGUGGACAGAAUGGAUACAGAUAUUGACAUUGAGGGGGCUGAUAGAUCACCUAGCUGUAAGGAUGACAUAGAGAGUGAGGAGUUUUGUGCUUUACUUAGACAGCAGAAGUAUGUAAACAAUUUGACAGAGCAUGCUCUUCGAAAAAGUCAACCCUUGAUUAUACCAAAUUUCAUUCAUAACAAGGAAUUCUUGUUAUUGGAUCACAAUAUUAGUGGUACUCUUAAGCUGGAGCAUAUGUGCUUGCAAGCCUUGUGUAUGUAUGCAAUUCCUGGUAGCUCAUAUAUAGAAAUAUCUAUGGAUAAAACGCAAAAUGAGAACAAAGAAGCCUGCCUCUCUAAUGGUAAAGGCGGUGCUACUCCAGUAUCUGAUGUGGCUACCAUACCAGACUCAGAUCUUCCUAUAAUUGUGACUACUAUUCAGAAUUGUUCUCAGGGCAUGAAUAAAGUGUUAGGGUCUUUGCAACAGAAAUUCCCUUCUGCAUCGAAGUCUUUACUGAGAAAUAAAGUGCGUGAAGUAUCAGACUAUGUUGAUAACCGUUUGCAGGUGAAGAAAGAAGUUUUGGUCAGGUUUGGCUUAGCAGUUAAGCCUGAAAAGAGCAGUGGGAGACCUAGGAGUAUCGCUGCAUUUUUUUCAAAAAGGUGCUUGCCGCCCGCUGAUGAAAGCGUGAAACCUGGUGAAACUUCACCACUGCCAUCCUUGAAAUCAUAAUCUGUCAUUCAUGAACGAUGUCAGAGUUCAUAGAAAAUUUAAUGUCUGAUAUCCUGUAUAAUGGAAUUUUUGCAACUUUCAGAUUUCUUUAUUUAGACUUUGUAAUAGUUGGGGAUGGUGGGUUGCACUUGAUACUGGUCUACCAACA